AGCUCCUUCUUUCUUUCAUCAUUUACACCAACAAUGGAAGGUAGUGCUUUAAAGGUUUUUCCCCGACAGAAGCAACCCCUCUUUGUGUCUUGGGUUUACAGGAUUCCAGCUCUUUUCUACGAGAGAGAAAGUAAAACUCUUCUAGCCUUUGCAGAGCAGAGGAGGACUGAAAACGACGCCAGCUCUGUUAAUCUAGUCAUGAAGACAGGAGAAGUGAAAAUGGAGGUCCCCUCUAAGCUGAAGACAAUUAAGUGGUCAGAGCUCAAAGCAGUGGAGGAGGCACAUAUUCCAGGAUACCGUCCCAUGAACCCCUGUCCUCUGUACGAUGAAAAAAGGAAAACCCUCUUCCUCUUCUUCAUCUGUGUCGAAGGCACCGUCUCAGAAAAAAAGCAGAUACAAAAUUACACUAACGCAGCCCGUCUCUGCUACAUCACAAGCAAGAAUCUUGGACAAAGUUGGAGUGGCGUGACUGAUCUGACGGACAAACUGGAUGAAAUCAAAGGCUGGGCCACAUUUGCCGUCGGACCAGGUCACGGUCUUCAAACAAAGAGCGGUAGAUUGAUUGUCCCAGUUUAUGCAUAUGUUUCAUGCAGUAGCUCAAGCUGUCUAUGCUGUUUCAAAUGUUGUCAAGUCACUCCAUACAGCCUCGCCCUGUAUAGCGAUGAUCAUGGUGAUAAAUGGCAGUUUGGAGAAAUGCUGCAGAAUGAGUCAGUUGAAUGUGAGAUGGCAGAGUAUUUCGAUGAUAAAGAAAACAGCAUCAUCUACUGUAAUGCUCGUAGUAAGAAAGAAAUUCGAGAGGAAGCUGUCAGUAGUGAUGAGAAAUUGAGUUUCAAGCCAAGCAGUGCAAUGAAGCUUGUGGAGACAGGUACAGGCUGUCAGGGAAGUGUGGUCUCCUUUCCAGCUCAAAGUGGGGACGAGGGUCAGAGCCAGAAUGCAACAAACAAGUGGCUGCUUUUCACCCACCCGACGACGUCCAAACGCACAGAUUUAGGGGUUUAUUUAAAUGAAUCUCCACAGGAUCCCAACGCAUGGAGUAAACCCUGGAUCAUUAACAAGGGACCCAGCGCUUACUCAGACCUGGCUUACAUUGAUGACGGAUGGUUUGCUUGUCUGAUGGAGCGUGGGGAGAUCAGUGAGAUUGAGCAGAUAGCCUGCAAGGUUUUCAGCUACCAGGAAGUCAAGCAGGGAAUCACAGAGUAGAAAAUCACUCACUGCUCAUAACAAUAAGUAAGUCAAUUGGCGCCAUACAAAUAACGAUCGAUUGCUAUUGGUUGAUUGACUGCUUUUAUCUGGUGUGAAGCCUUAUCUUCAACAUAUUUUGUAUUCAUUGUGAAAGGCUAUUUUCUCAAAAAUUAUACGGCUCUACUUGAUGCUUCUCUGUUUUGUUAAUCUUCUUCUCUUUGUCAUAUUCACUGAUUUUUUGUUCAAACUCUCAAGUCUAAGAUUAUCUUCUCGUCUGACCAUGAAGGUUAUAUAAGAAGAUUUGUUAAAGUUGUGAUGAUGUGAUUUAAAUUGCGGAUGUGUAAUUCAAAAGAUGCUCUGUGUCUGAUCAGUAUAAUAAAUGAAAUGACUGUUAUUAAGUAAUAAAAGGUUAAAAUAA